UAAUUGAGUUUUAAACUCUUGUUUUAAUUGAAAUAAAUAAUGUCUUAUCAUUAUCAAAUGAAUAAUAAUAACACCGAUUUCUUCGAUUCGGCGAAUUAUAUUCCGCAGAUGCAAAUGCAUCAUGGAUAUCAAGAUUUUUAUGCAUCUGAUAGCACGUCAUCAAUGCCAUCAUCUGGAACUACUCAACAAGCAUUGCAACAAACUGAAAAUGGAAUUAUUCAGGGACAAAAUGGAAGUGAUCAUGGAGCAUAUGGAGGAUGGCGACAGCAUGAUUGGAAUUCCACGUCGUCAUGGUCGAUUGGAAAUCAGUUGGAAAUGGAGAAUGGGACAUUAACCAUGAGUCAUGGUGCAACGAAUGAUGGAAAUAUUCGAAAUAAUCAACAAAUGAUGACAUCAAAUCAUAUAACUACAGACUCUUUUCGUCAGAUCCCUCCAUCCGGUCUCUGUUAUAUGGAUCCAACUCCAUCUCUUCGCCUUCCAAAGAAAGAACCUCUUCCAGUACAACGACCAAUGGCAAGAUCUACACCAAAACCUUUCAGAUGUCAAACUUGUGGAAAAGCAUUCUCUCAAGCAGCUAAUCUAACAGCUCACAAAAGAAUUCAUACAGGAGAAAAACCAUUUAUGUGUCCUGUAUGUAAUCGUCCAUUUUCUCAAAGUUCUUCUCUUGUUACUCAUCGAAGAACACACACUGGAGAGAGACCGUAUCCAUGUGCUCAAUGUGAGAAGGCAUUCACCGACAGCUCAACUCUUACAAAACAUCUGAGAACCCAUACUGGACAUAAACCUUAUGUUUGCUCAAUUUGUAUGAUGAAAUUCACACAGAGUGGGAACUUGCAUAGGCACAUGAAAACUCAUAAAUAGUUUUUCCUAUUAUGGAAGUAAUGUUUCUAAAUGAAUAUUGCCAUUU